AUGGCGGCGGCGGCGCCGGCGGCGCCCGUGGCGAGUCAAGCACAGGCAGUUCUGCGCGGCCGGCUCUGCGACCCGGCCUUCGUCCACUCCCGUCUCAGAUCCUCGCCCGACACCAACUACAGUAAGCUGAAGUACCUCGUGUCCAGCUCCGUCUCCGAGGCCUGCAACAACUCCGUCCUCCUCCUUGGACCCCGCGGCUGCGGUAAAGGAGCGGUGCUCGACAUGGUUCUGGAGGACCUGAAGGAGGAACAUCCUGAUGCCAUAUCUGUGAUCAGGCUGAAUGGCAUGUUACAUAGUGAUGACAACUGCGCUACAAAGGAAAUUGCCAGGCAGCUGUGUCUGGAGCAUGAGUUGUCAUUUUCCAAAAUGGCUUCUUCAGAUGACAACACUGAAUUCAUGAUUGACAUGUUACGAGAGUGUGGACUAGCUCACAAGACAGUAAUUUUUGUCCUGGAAGAGUUUGAUCUCUUUGCUCAGGGGAAGCAGCGGUUACUCUAUAGCUUACUUGAUGCAAUGCAAUCUCUUACAUCACAAGCUGUUGUCAUUGGUAUGAGUUGCCGAUUGGAUGCAGAUCAAUUGCUAGAAAAAAGAGUUCGAUCUCGCUUCUCUCAUAGGAAGCUUCUUUUUGUUCCUUCUUCAUUGGAUGAUAUACAGAGGUUAAUGGAACAUCUGCUAAUGCUAGACAAAGGCUCGUGCUUACCUACAAACUACGUUACGGAGUACAAUUCAAUGCUUACUAGCAUUUUCAGCAAUAAGAAGUUUAAAGGAAUUCUUGACUCUCUCACGGAUACAGAUGCAACAACCAGCAACAUCCUGAGAUUUCUCUUCAGAGUGGUGUCAUAUAUGGAUAUGGAAUCUGGACUUCUGUCAAUGGAAUGCUUUACGAAUGCGCUUUCCUCCAUGCAGAGGCAACCCAAGAUGGACAGUUUGCAAGAUCUGUCGAUUUUGGAACUGUACAUACUUGUAUGCAUGAACAGACUAGAAGAUAAGGAGCAGAAGUCGUACAACUUCAACACUAUAAUAAAAGAAUACAAAUCCAUACAGGAUGCCUACAAAACUUCUGAUAAGUAUGCAACCACUGUUUGCUUCAGGGCUUUUGAACAUCUUUUGGACCGCGAGUUGAUCACCUUCGCGGACUCAAAAGGGAGAAAUGUGGCACUUGAAUAUCGGCCUGUCAAACUUCUGAUAUCUUCUCGCGAGCUCGCACAGUCGCUCAAGUUAAACACUACCUGCCCCGCUGUGCUGCAAAAGCUGCUUGACCGUGAAAGAUAUAUGUAG